AUAAAUAUCCCAUCUUUCAAAUAAUAAUAAUAUAAAGACCUUAGUAACAAUAAUAACAGUCAUAGAAAACCAAAGGGUGUGGUAGAGCAGAGCGCCAAGCCACCAGUGGCAGCGGCAACCCAGAAUAUAGGAGCAGCUUCAUAUUCGACUUUCACUUCCAUCAACCCUAAAGUCUCAGCCUUUCUUCUUCAUUCUAAGGGAAAGUUUCCUAAACUGGUGUAACAUUUAUUGAGCUGAAUGGGUCGUACUUCAACAAGGAGAAGGGCUGCGAAGGGAAAGAGUGUCCGAUUUGAGAGUGCAUCUAGUCAGGAAUGUAGUGAUGAAAACAAUGAUGUUAGGCUGCAGAAGCGACCAAAGAGAAGUUGCACCAAUCGCCAAAGAAUUAACCAAAACUCUCACAGCAGCGCAACGAUGGCUCGGUUAGGGAGCUUAGGAUCUCAUGAUAAUAAUAACUGUGAUUUGAGGUCAGAGAGGCGAUUGAGGAGAAAGAGAACAAAUAAACAAUGUUACAAGCCAAAAUCUCGCAGCAAGGCUUCAAAGGCAACAAAAAAGAACAUAACUGGAGAAAAAUCAGAGCUUUUGAAACCUCUGAGUUUUUCAAACAUUAGAAGUAAGCAUGGUGAUUAUGAUCAUAUUGAUAAUGAUAAUGAUGUUGUUGCUCUGUCUGAUGAAGAGGACGUGUAUGAUCCUGUGCAUAUCAAGUUCUUACAAUGUUUGAGGCGAAAUGGAAACUCAUAUUCAGCUGAGUUUGUUGAUGAGAUUGGUGUGACUAAGCUAAUCGACUAUGACAUAGAAGAGGACGUGCGCCCUAGUAUGAGAUUUGGCUUUGAAAAUCAACUUCUGCCUUUUGACGAAGAUGAUUCAAAAGAUGUUGAUGAAGAUGCUUUACAAGAUGUGCAUUCUAAUUUGAAACAUGGUUUAGAUGCUGAUUGCGAACUGGAAGAUGAUGAAAUUUUGUAUCUCAGAUAUCUGGAUGGUAUUGAAGAUGAUGAGAAUACAACACCAAAGAAAUCUAAAAAAGUUGAGGAGAUUCAACUUGGGAACGAAUCCAACCUAGAAGAUGAAAGUGAUGAUAUAUGUCAAGACUAUCGCACUUUUCUGGAUUACCUGGAAAAAAAAGAUGAAGAAACCAUGUUUGAGGAUGAUGAUGAUGUGCAAAUACUUACAACGGAUGAGAACCCUCGUGACGUAAUAGAUGUAGACAACUCUACUUUGGCUAAAGAUGGCAACAGAAGUCAAUCCCAAUCCCGGUUUAGGAAGGAGCUCUUGGAAAUAUUGAGAAGCCCUUAUAACCCACAACAGCGUAAAGAGCUUUGGGACGAAGUAUCUGAUCGCAAGCCCAAAGUUAAAGACAGACAGUUGCGGAACAGAACAAAAUCAUGUCGUUUGAAAAACAGCCCUGGACAAUCGUAUCUUGAUCAACAUAAAGAUUUUGCAGAUCAGAUAGAGCUAGCCAAGAAUGAUGAUCUUAAAACUCUAAAUCUCUUAAGGGGAUUCUUUUACUGGUUGAAGAAUUUGCCGCAUGGAAUGUUACCCCCUUGGAAAGAUCCAUCCUUAUUGGAAGUGUGAAACUCACCUGAAGAUCGUCCAACACAGUUCUUACUCGGUUCAAGCUUUAAUUAAUGCAGUAGAAGUAGGCUGUGAUUAACAUAUAGCUUUUUUUAGUGACAAAAUUAUGCUAGUUUCAUAUUAUAGCAUGGUUUAGAACAGAUUGAUCUAACUUUGGCUAGUUUCCUCUUGUCAAUCUCUUUUGGGCAAUAUGAAAAAGAAAAUUGUAAAUUUGUAAUUAUGUGGAGGUAAAAUCUUAUGUGGGCGGAAUAUAUAUAAUGUUUACACUGUUUCUGACAAGAAAAUUUUAACUGCAAGAAACACAGGUUUGCAAAAUAUGAAGAACCUUGAAACCUUUCCCAUUCACAUGUGCUUCAACAGUUUCAUCAAAAUUGCAUUUGGGAAAGGAGCCACUACUUUGUUCAUCAUUGUUAAUUUUCUUUUUACAAAUUGGCUUAUUGCUAUUUAUAUUUUUUUGUGUUCAUCUUACUCAUU